ACAGAGGUUAGCUCAGGGCUAAUCUUCCUCAGGAAAAAAAAAUGAGCAAUUAUUCCCAAGGAACUGAGUACUUCAUUCAUACAUAUGCUCAUGUUUGCACUAGGCGUGGAUAGAUACAGAAGUAAAAUAUCACCCCAAAAUUGGUACACGUUCUCAAUGUGGAUUUGUCUUGCCUGACUGCUUUGCCUCUACCGGCACUGUCAUCUGAGGGCUUACGGGAUGCCUUAUCCACUGGACAUACCUUAAACCAAGAAACCCAUUCUAUAAUCAAGGAUGUGUGGCAUUGAGCUUGUAACCACAGAAUUCAUGGUGCGUACUCGUCACCCAGAAGCAGCUAGCCUGAAAGAACUGUGGAAUGGCAUGUUGAAGACUCCGCUAAAUUGCUGAUAUAAGAUACGGCACCUUGUGAAGUUGAGGAGCUGUCCUCCAGGAUGCAAUAUAUGCAUUGAACCAAUAAUGUACAUAUGUAUGGUAUUGUGUCUCCAAUAGAAAAACUACACAGGCACAGGAACCAAGGGGUCGAAACAGGAGUGGCCUCUAUUGCUAUCAUCCCCAAGAACCCACCUGUGGAAUUUGUGCUUCCUAUCUCCAAACCUAGAGUCCGGUGGGUUAUGGUCUUGAUUCUUAGGAAGAACAUUUCUUCUGGGAUGUACAUUAAGUGUCCCACUAAAGUGUAAAUUGAUAAUGACACCAGGCCAUUUUGAGUUCCUUGUGCCAGGAGAUCAGUAGGCAAAGAAUGGAAUUAUUAUAAGGGCCUCCACAGUCCCUGCCACACACACUACAUAAAUAUAAAACUUAUACCGAGCCAGCUAUAUGCAAUAACCUACUUUCCUGGACCCUUUAGGCACUUUAAUGUAGGAAUGGGGUAAGGUAGAGAGCAGAAAUCUGGUUUAGACAAAAAAGAAAAAUACAAUGGACAACAAUGUAAUGGCUCUUAGAGAUGACUUGGAACAAUGGAAGGAAGUAUCUGGAGGAAGAAGUUCUGGGAAUAUGAUGUCUUCAAGGAUCAUAGGUUAGCAAGCCAGCCACUGAUAAAGGAGCAAACUGAAGUAUGGGAAGUAGAAAAACAAUGGCAACCGCAGUACAGUCAACCCUCAUAGGGAAUGGAACAUUCAGGGCUUGUGAGCUUAUUCAGAACAUCACCUUAUCAUUGGUAGCUUCUGUAGCAGGUGGCUGUUCCUUUUGUAGGCUCUUGCAUUGUGCUCAAACUUGUCUCAGAGCUUAGAGUCAUGUCAUAGUCAUUCAAGGUCUCAGUUACUGUUUUAUAGAAGGUGAGGUUUCUGGACUACUCACAAAGUAAUGUCAAAAGUCGUAAUUAUUGUGAUAGCACUUUGAGAGCAACAAUACCUCAAAUUCAACUUAUAGUAAUUCCACUAUUGUUACUCUGAAAACUCCCUGGAAACAUUCACCUAGCUCAGAAUCUUAUAACUGUUUAGUAUUGGAAAGAAUAUCUCUUGCCCAUAGAUCAAGUAUUUGAAAAUACUGCCCAUUCAAGUGCCAAUACAUAAUCAGGGUCCCUAGAGAAGCAGCCACUUGGGUUUUGUGAAACCUUUCAUCCUUGACUUCACUUCGAUCUUUCUCUGUCUACAUCUUGGUUUCAGUUCCUCUGUCACAGACACAAUCAAUAAGUAUUAUUAUUGUUUGAAAAUAAGAAUUAUUGUGAUUACUGCCAUCAAUAAGAAAAACAGGAGAAAUAGAAGAAUCUGAGGGGGACGGUAUCAGGGAAGCUUAACCCCCCUUUCCCGGAGGCGAAAACCUGAGCCGAGGAAAGAGGUCCCCAAAGCCCGACUCAGUGAUUGGGGAACGAGAACGUAAAGUCCUCCUGCGUUGCUAGAGAGGACCCCGAAGCACGGCACAGGCCCGGAAGACAGGUGUGACGCACUUCCUGGUUUUGUGAGGCUGUGGGUUCUGGCGAUCGCAGGGUCUGCUUCCAAGUCCACUGGCCUUUGAUCCUUAGAGUCACCUCCCCUUUCUAUCCCGGCACUCCCAGACUUCUCCGGGGUUCACGGAUAGCAAAAACAGAUCUCAUAAAACAUCCAGGACAGAAAGGACAGCCCUGCAAACACAGCCUCUUUGGAUCAAGUGAGCCGUUUCUUUGAACCUGAACAAUGACUACUGAACCAGAGGAUACUACAGAUUUGUGUCCCCAGACUACACAGGAGAUGGAAGGCAUAGUGAUAGUGAAAGUGGAGGAGGAAGAUGAGGAAGAGCAUUUUCAAAAGGAAAGACAUAGCAUAAAGUUAUCACCACAAUUUCUUAGUCGUUCCACAACUAUGAAUGAGAGAGCCUUAUUAUCGUCAUAUUUAGUUGCAUAUCGAGUGGCAAGAGAGAAAAUGGCUCACACGGCUGCUGAAAAGAUUAUUCUCCCAGCAUGUAUGGAUAUGGUACGUACAAUUUUUGAUGAUAAAUCAGCUGAUAAAUUAAGAACUAUACCUCUUAGCGAUAAUACAAUAUCUCGCCGAAUCUGUACGAUUGCAAAACAUUUAGAAGCAAUGCUGAUUUCACGGCUACAGUCUGGUAUAGAUUUUGCAAUCCAACUGGAUGAGAGCACUGAUAUUGCAAGUUGCCCAGCACUCUUGGUUUAUGUCAGAUAUGUGUGGCAAGAUGAUUUUAUAGAGGAUCUGUUGUGUUGUUUAAAUUUAAAUUCACAUGUAACCGGAUUAGACUUAUUUACUGAAUUAGAGAAGUGCAUUGUUGGUCAAUAUAAAUUAAACUGGAAACAUUGUAAAGGGAUUUCAAGUGAUGGAGCAGCAAAUAUGACUGGAAGACAUAGCAAAGUUAUUGAAAAAUUGUUGGAAGCAACCCAUAACAAUGCUCUUUGGAAUCACUGUUUUAUUCAUCGAGAAGCUUUGGUAUCUAAAGAAAUUCCACCAAGUCUAAUGGAUGUAUUGAGAAAUGCAGUGAAAAUUGUGAAUUUUAUUAAAGGAAGCUCAUUGAACAGCCGGCUCCUUGAAAUGCUUUGUUCGGAAAUUGGAGUUAACCAUACCCAUUUAUUGUUUCAUACCGAAGUCCGUUGGUUGUCUCAAGGAAAAAUCCUGAGCAGAGUAUAUGAACUCAGGAAGGAGAUUUACGUUUUUCUCAUUGAAAAGCAAUCUCAUUUGGCAACUAUUUUUGAAGAUGACAUUUGGGUAACAAAAUUGGCAUAUUUAAGUGAUAUUUUUGGCGUUCUUAAUGAAUUAAAUUUGAAACUACAGGGGAAAAACAAUGAUAUAUUUCAAUAUCUUGAACAUAUUCUAGGUUUCCAAAAGACAUUAUUGUUGUGGCAAGCGAGACUUAAAGGUAAUCGCCCCAGCUACUAUAUGUUCCCAACAUUGUUGCAACACAUUGAAGAGAACAUCAUUAAUGAAGACUGCUUAAAAGAAAUAAAAUUAGAGAUAUUAUUGCAUCUCACUGCUUUGUCUCAAACCUUUAAUCGUUAUUUUCCAGAAGAAAAAUUUCAAUCAUUGAAGGAAAAUAUUUGGGUGAAAGAUCCAUUUGGUUUUCAGACCCCAGAAUCAAUAAUUGAGUUAAACUUGGUGCCCGAAGAAGAGAGUGAAUUAUUGCACCUCAGUUCAUCAUUCACACUGAAGAAUUAUUACAAGACGUUAAGUUUAUCAACAUUUUGGAUUAAGAUCAAAGAUGACUUUCCAUUGCUAAGUAGAAAGAGUAUAUUGCUAUUAUUACCAUUCACAACUACCUAUUUGUGUGAACUAGGAUUUUCAAUCUUGACACGAUUGAAAACAAAGAAAAGAAAUAGGCUCAAUAGUGCACCUGACAUGCGUGUGGCCUUAUCUUCAUGUGUCCCAGACUGGAAUGAACUUAUGAACAAGCAAGCACACCCAUCACAUUAAAUACAGUCUUUAUGGAAUUUUGGUUUUGUGCUUUUUUACACGUAUUUUGGUAUAUUGUAUUUAAAUACUAAUAAAAUAUUUGGAAUUUACUA